AUUUAUGUGAAAAUAUGAUCGACAUUAUACACAUCCCACCUCUGCUUCUCUCCUUCUCUCCUUCCUUGUCUGUGCAAGUAGACUGUAAACUCUAAAUUCUAAAUUGACUAUAUAUCAUUGAAAACGUGUAUAUAAGUUGGUUAACUAACCAAGCUGUGUCCUAGGCUACACAGCUUGAGCUUCCAAUAUAUAUAACAGUUGCCUAAACGAAGGUUCGUGCUUUUUAGUUUCAAGAGUUACUUGUUGUAAUCCGAUCUCAGAAAUUCGAAACUAAAGGUAGAAGAAGAAGAUGCCUUGCCUUUACCUCUCCACCAACGUGAACCUAGAUGGAGUUGACAUUAAUCCUAUCUUCUCCGAAGCUACGAAAGCCAUCUCUGCCAUUACCGGAAAGCCCGAAAGCCAUGUGAUGGUGUUACUCAAGGGAUCAGUUCCCAUAUCAUUUGGUGCGAGCACUAGCGAACCGGCGGCGUACGGUGAGUUGGUGGCUUUGGGCGGCAUUACGAAGGCGGUGAAGCGGGAGCUGAUCGCUACGCUCGGCAUAAUUCUGCAGAACUCGAAGCUUGGCAUCCCCCGGACUCGUUUUUUCCUUAAAGUUGUUGAUGUAAGUACUCCUAUGGGAUCCAAACUGUGAUGUAAAUCGCUGUUGUAAGAGAUCGGUUUAGUACAAUGGCUAAUAUUUCCCUCAUUUGUUGGCCAAAGAAAUAAAAGGUGGCUUAGCAUUUUA